AUAAAGGUGCUGGGAACGGAGGGUGCCAGCGGCAGCACCACCGCACCAUGGCCGCGCCGUCGAGCGAGGGGGAAGCCCAGAAGCUGCGCUUCGGGCCCUGGCUGUUGGCUGCCGUCGAGAGUGGGAAAUACCCAGGGCUGUGCUGGACGGACCGCAGCCGCUGCUGCUUCCGUGUGCCCUGGAAGCACAACGCCAGGAAGGAUGUCACCAGCAGCGACGUGGAGGUCUUCAAGGCCUGGGCAGUGGUGAGUGGGCAUUAUGAGGGGUGCUCUGAGGACCCUGCCAAGUGGAAGACCAACUUCCGCUGCGCCCUGCGGAGCACCCGCCUCUUCCAGCUGCUGGAGGACCGCUCCAAGUGCGGGGACGACCCACACAAGGUCUUCACCAUCUCCUCAGGGGACAUCUCCCACCAGGACAUCCUGCUCCAGCCUCACCCAGACCCCAGCCAAAACAACCACCUGCCCCAGUGGGUGCCCCUGCUGGAUCAGCCCCUCCUGGGUACCUACCAGCCCCAGGACCCCCUCCUGCUGUCUCUGCCAGCCCGGUCGGUUCUGUUGCUGCGGCAGCAGAGGGUGCUCGGCUUGGGGAGGGGGCGGGAACCCCUCUGCCCACCGCCGCUCGCCGCAGGUCCCCUCUUGAUCCUGGACAUCACCAUCCUGUACCGGGGGAGGCAGGUGCUGCAGGAGGAGGUGCUGGGCCGCCAGUGCCUGCUGGCCUCGCAGCUGCUGGACCCGGCGCUGGCGCUGCUGCCGGGCCAGGCGGUGCUGUUCCCCAGCCCCGCCGAGCUGCCCGACCCCAAGCAGCGGCGCUACACCGAGCAGCUGCUGCGGGACGCGGGGCUGCGGCUGGAGCAGAGGGCGCAGCGCAUCCUCGCCACCCGCCUCAAGCGCUGCCAGGUCUUCUGGGCGCUGGGCCGGCAGCUGGAGGGGCCGCAGGAGCCUCCCAACAACCUGCUGCAGCGCCACCAGGAGACGCCCAUCUUCGACUUCAGCCGCUUCUGCGCAGAGCUGAGUGCGUUCCGCAGCAGCCAGCUCCGGCGCUCCCCGGACUUCACCAUCUACUUCUGCUUCGGGCAGCAGUUCUCCCAGGCCAGGAGCAAGGAGUCCAAGCUCAUCCUGGUCAAGCUGGUGCCCAGGCUCUGCCAGUACUUGUAUGAGAAGGUGCAGCAGGAGGGAGCCUCCUCCCUGGACAGCGACACCAUCAGCCUGAAGCUCUCUGACUCCUUCAGCCUCUAUGAGCUCAUCGAGCACUGGCCCAUGCAGGUGGACUGA